AUGUCUAGUGAUGAACAGUCCGAUAAAGAGUGUCCUUUGUGCAUGGAAGCACUCGAAAUCGAUGAUAUCAAUUUCUAUCCGUGCAAAUGUGAAUAUCAAAUAUGUAGAUUUUGUUGGCAUCGAUUGCGAACUGAUGAGAAUGGAUUAUGCCCAGCAUGUAGACAACCGUACCCGGAAGAUCCUGUCAACUUUAAACCUCUAACUGCUUCAGAUGUUCAGAAGAUGAAAACAGAAAAACGGCAAAAACAGCAACUGCAAAAAAUCAAGAUAUGCGAAUCUAGGAAGCAUCUUUCCUCAUACAGGGUGUUACAAAAGAAUCUUGUGUAUGUAGUGGGUUUGUCGGCUAGAGUUGCAGAUCCAGAAACUUUAAAGAAACCUGAAUAUUUUGGAAAAUAUGGCCGCAUAUUGAAGGUUGCUGUGGGAUCUUCACCAUCACUGAGCGGUCCACAGUCGGCAUCAUUCACAGCUUAUGUAACUUAUGCGAGAUAUGAAGACGCACUUAGAGCUAUACAGGCUGUUAAUAAUGCACAGUUAGAUGGACGUGUCGUGAAGGCAUCACUUGGGACAACAAAAUAUUGUACAAAUUUCCUUCGUAGUCAGCCAUGUUAUAAACCGGAAUGUAUGUAUUUGCAUGAUGUGGCGGAUACAGAAGUUAGUUUUACCAAAGAUGAUAUGCAUCUCGGACGGCACGCGGAAUAUGAAAAGCGAUUGAUUGAAUCAACUCUCAGAGAGAAAAGUCAACGCGAGAGGACUUCAUUUAUGAUAAAUACGAGUGAGAAGACAUCAAAAAACGAAAACACAGAACGUAAACCAGAGUUUCGUUCAAUACCGAUGAAAAAUUGUCAAGACAAAGGACAAAUCUCUCAGAGCAGAUCACCGUCAUCUGAUAAAAAUAUGAAAAUACCUAUAAAUCAAAUAAAUGGAGAAAUACUUGAAAAUCAGCCUUGUUCUGUGAGGAAUAGUAAACUGAUUAGUGAGAAUAAAGGUGCUGAUAAAGAGAACGAAAUUCGAUAUCAGCUUGAGAAAACUUUGGGAAGAACAAAUGAUGCACCGUCGUCAGCGGUGCUUGAACAGCAAGCAGUGAUACCCACAACAAAAGUUACUGAGGGGAAUGUUUCAAGAUCUCGGUUGGCAGAAUGGAUUUCAUCUAGUCAGAGUGUCAUGCCACGUGCUGCUACUACAUGUGCUUCAAUCGAGAAAAUGUUCUUAAACGAGAAAGUGGAUGUGAGCAAUGCAAAAGCGCUACCGAACAGCAAUAGUUCACAGUCGGCAAAUGACACUGCACCGUGUGAUUGGCAACGUGCUCUAGGAAUCUGUGGCAAGGUUGACAGUUUAACAGUGGGGAAUGUGAUCACUGAUUUUCCUACAGGAUUUUCUAGCUCGCAGACUAGAAUGUUGCCGAAAAGCACACGUCUCAGCACACAUAGUGAUGAUGAUUUAGGCUUUGAUCCUAUUUCGGAGUCAGCAAAAGGUCUAGCAGAUUUACUGGAGGAAGAGAAAACGAUUUUACCUCAAUGCUCAACACAACACGUUAGUGGAAUGACAUCUGUGUCAUCGUCAUUGAUGUCACUGGGUCUGCAGUGUGGUUGGCCUUCAAUGGGUAUUUCGAAUGGUGCAUCCCCGAUGUCGGUGAGAAAUGCGCUUGGGACAGACUUUGAUUUAACAACAGCGGCGACGAACAAUUUCGCUAAUGUCGAUUGUUUUUCACAACCAGUAAAACUUUCGUCGCAAGCCGCCCAGACAUUCAACCAACAACUGUCACCGGUGUUUCACACCAAUCAGUAUUCGCCACAUCCGCAUUUCCCACCUUCAAAACCCCAGAUGGCUCGAGUCAAUAAUUUCGUAAAUCCAUCCACUAAUUUGUCCUUCAAUUCAUCACAACCACAUCGAGGCCCUUCCUUCAGCAGUAACACACAGUAUCAUUCAAACAUUUCUCUGGCUGCAGCAAACCAAAUUGAUGGCACGAAGCUUCAAGAAUGGCAGGAAGGUUUCCGGGCGCUGUUACCGAAUGUAAAUGUUCGCUUCGUACCCGACCUUAGUGCCGCAGGUUAUCCAUCUAGUCGAACAUCACCUAUGGAAAUGCAACGCACCACCAAUCAAUUUUCGUCAACUCUAAAUUAUGAUCAAACGAUGCCGAUGUCCGCACAGCUCUUGAACUCAAUGGCGUCACCCGCUCCGCCACCGCCAUCCAUAAAUUCCUAUUCUCAUCCAUCACAGCAGUGGAUGAUGCCUCCGCCCGGUUUUUCAUACGCUUCCAAGCGAUGA